UAUAUAAAGAAAUAGAAGAAUGAGGCCGGAAGCAGGAUUCGCAGGAGAUAUAAUUGCAUUGGGGAGAGGCCUAUCUGCAGUUGUCGACUCUGAACGAAUGGUUGGUUUUUUGCGAAGAAGAGGUGGUAACUAUUAUAAAGAAUCAGAUCUCGUUACAGUUAGGAAAGCAGGAAAGCCAGUCAAGUGGACGCUUCCUCUCCAAGCAAGAGACGGCACGGCUUUUUGGCUGAGGGUUGGUGGGUGGUGUGGCUUGCUGCUCUCGGAAAGACUUAAUAAGCCAUAAGAAGAAUUACAAAGCCAAUACGCAGCUACUCUGAUUCCGUUAUUCGGAUUACGACGAUUGCGAUUUCUGCUCCUGCUGGCUAGUCAAGCUAAAAAGAAGAGGUGCUAUUGCCGGAAGAGAUACGCUUGCUCUCUAAGACAGACAAGAUAAUAUAGAAAAGGAAGCAGAAGGAAGUUGCGCGGUUCAGUCUAACUAAAGUUCCUGCGCCAGAAGCUACAGCUACCUUUCAAAAAAAAGCUGCUACAUCCGCUCUUUACAUUCGUACAGUUGUACUUUAAGCUUAUAAACAGAAAGCUGCUUCUGUAUCGGUUGGGGAGAUGAUUGUGCCGAUUCUUCAGUUUCGAUUCUUUUCAAGAGACGAGACGACAUCUCAUAGUUUACUGCUUUUCGAAAAGCCAAUGGAGUCGCUUCUAGGUCAGAAAGUAGGGCAAUGGUCUCUGCCUUUGUCCAGGGAGGUUGUGGCUUUCCCCCAUUGCCCUGACUCAAAAGCUUCUUUCUUUCGAGGAUCGAUUGGAGAUGGCUAAAGGUCGAAAAAAAAAAAUUGAGGGACCUAGAGCAAAGCUAAGAAAGAAGAGAGAGAAAUUACAGGAAAUAAGCCAAGGAUGAACAUGACGAGGUCCUUAUUUAAACCAGAAAGUUAGGGAACAAGAAGAACAACAACACGGGUAAGGGAAAAGGCCUUACUAAUAUAUACAUACGGGGUUUUCCUUAUUAUAACUAAGUCUUGUAAAGUGGUAUUUGGUUGCUUGCCCCUUUAUUAAAAUUAAAAAGGUUAAGUUUAAGUAAAGUGAAGCUUUCGAGCCCCUUGCUCCCAUGGCUUUCUUGGUCGGACCAACCCAACCAUCUGCAACAUCUGAUGUCUCCAGUGAAAGUUCUUCCUCCAUUCCGGCUAGGGUGGGGAGGGGAUUCCCGCUGCUACAGUUGGAGUUGACGGUCCUAGUUCUGUUACAGUAAGAGCUGUUGCUGGAAGAACCAGUGCUAGUGACUAGACUGUUGGAGGAGGCUGUUAGAAAUGUUCACGUAGAAGCUCCUCUUUCAUCUGCUGGUAUAGAUGAAGCUCUUGGGAUCUUAUCCGCUUCGGAGGUUGAAGGAGGUUAAUCUAUAAGGGAAUCAGCUGGUAUUGAAUCUUCCUCUAUCCCUUUCUUUUCAUUUCCUGGACAUCUGAUAUUCUUUUUUAAACAAGGAUCUGACGUGAUUCAAUAUCAAUUAUCAAUAGAAACUUCACUUCUUUCUACCUGGCCACUUUAAAAUGAAAAUCAAACUUUUUUUAGCUUUCAUCUAGGCCUUUCAGGAAGGAAGUCAGGCACUCAUCUCAGGGACAUGCCCUGAACUUUAGCUUGAGCCCUUCCAGUAGUCUUUGCUUUGUGAAUGGAAUGAAUUUGUAGUGUUGAAAGGUGGAGCAGAUCUUGGUCUUAUGGACUGGCUUUCUAACCAUCCUGAAUAUUGACCCCCACGAUUCUUUCUCUCUCAAACUUGACCUUCUUUCCAAGGCUAACAUGACGGUAUGCAAGCCCUGCUCUACCCCAAUUUCAGCUGGUUUUCAACUGGAUGGGGAUCUUCGAUCCUACAGGAUGGUGGUCUCCAAUACUUGACACUCACCCGACCCUACAUUUGAUGUGAAUUAGGUCUUUCAACAUAUUCAUCUCCCACGAAGAACGACUCAUCGCUGUCAAGCGGAUUCUUCGCUUUCUCAAAGGCACACUCAUGGGUUAACCAUCCCUCCCAUUUCCUUUUCUGAUGCUAAUUGGGCUGGAAACCCAGAUGAUCGUCGCUUCACAACUGGAUCCUGGGCUCCUAUCAUAGUGCACGAAGAAUUCUCACGCUCUAGUACCGAAGCUGAAUACCGGGACCUCGCUAGCACAGCUACUGAACUGAUAUGGCUCCAUUACGGAUUUCGUGAUCUUGAUAUUCACAUCAAGGAUCCCCAACUACUUAACUGUUACAAUAUGAGUGCCACUUACCUUGCUGCUAACCCAGUGUUCCAUGCUCGUACCAGGGAUAGAUUUCCACUUUGCUUUGCGACGUGGGGUCAAGGCCUUAACAAUCGAUCUCAAACCACAUCUACUCAUAGUAUUGGUUCCUCAUUUGAGUCUGUGAAAUCAGACUCUUUUGAACAUCGAAAACAAACAAGAGAAAGGAGCUACAUGCAACUACAAAAGGAAAGAAGAGAGCUCACAUCUAAUUCUUAUCUAGCCUAGCUUGUUCUAACCUUCAGGC